AUGAUUUUAGGCAUGGAGACUUGAGAAAGGGUUAAACGCCGUGUAUGUACGCUUACGCUACUCUGUCGCGAUCCGCCGAGCUGAUUGGAGUCUAAAAAUUGCUUGAGCCUUAGUCUCAUUUUCGCUCUCAUAAUUCUAGCAGUCGCGACAGCGCCCCGAAAAGCAAUUAGGAGAGAAGAAAAUAGUGCAGCAUUCUCUCUCACAAGUCGCGCCCGGCGAUCAAUUCUCCCUGGAACACCCUCUGAAAUUUCGAUUUCAGAAGCAGCCGAGCAGCAGCCCAUAAAUUCAAAGGUCAACAGGGAGACAGCCAAAAAAUAUUACGAGUCGCCGCCGCUGAUUAGAGAGCAGAACCAUCAUGAGUGCAGCAGAUAAACAAUUUACUUUGGUGCCGAAAGUUAUCAAUGGCGGAAUCGCGGGCAUCAUCGGCGUGUCGUGCGUCUUCCCGCUGGACUUGGUGAAGACGCGGCUGCAAAACCAGCAAAUCGGGCCAAACGGCGAGCGCAUGUACAACUCGAUGUUCGACUGCUUCCGCAAGACGCGCAGCGCCGAGGGCUUCUUCGGCAUGUACCGCGGCUCGGCGGUCAACAUUCUGCUGAUCACGCCCGAAAAGGCCAUCAAGCUGGCCGCCAACGACUUCUUCAGGCACCACCUCUCUACUGGCUCCAAACAACUUCCUCUAACUCGAGAGAUGGCUGCUGGCGGCUUGGCAGGCUUCUGCCAGAUUAUUAUCACAACUCCUAUGGAACUGCUUAAAAUCCAGUUGCAAGACGCUGGUAGAGUAGCAGCCCAAGCACGUGCAGCUGGUCAGACGGCGGCAACCAUUCCAAAGGUGUCUGCGACCUCGAUCGCGCUGGAGCUGAUCCGGACAAAGGGAAUAACGGGCCUGUACAAAGGCACGGCGGCCACGAUGCUGCGCGACGUCUCCUUCUCUGUCGUCUACUUCCCGCUGUUCGCCCGUCUUAAUGCGCUCGGGCCACGCAGGAGCGACGGCUCUGGCGAGGCGGUCUUCUGGUGCUCCUUCCUCUCGGGCUGCGUGGCCGGCAGCACGGCCGCUUGCAGUGUUAAUCCGUUUGACGUCGUCAAGACCAGGCUGCAGCUGCUGAAGAAGGCCGAGGGCGAGGCUUCCUACAGUGGCAUUGUUGACGCUUUCGGAAAAAUCAUGAAGAACGAAGGCCCUUCGGCAUUUUUCAAAGGUGCCGCGUGCCGAAUGAUCGUGAUCGCUCCUCUCUUCGGCAUCGCGCAGACGGUCUACUACCUGGGCGUGGCCGAAAGACUGCUCGGCAUCCACAAAGGGUAAACGCCGGCCAGAACUACAAUAACCGAGCUCGUUGAAAUGACAAUAAGGCCAUUUUAGACAGAACAAUUAUUGUAGCUCCGUCACAAGUCAAUUUCAAGCUGCAUUUCCGCACCGAAAAUUCAAUUACUCAUCCCUCUCUCGGCACGCAAGUCAAUUUUAUCCAGCUUCAGCACUAAUUAAUACGAAAAAUGCAGCUUCGAACAUGAUUGUAGUUAAAAACGUUAGAGAAUCUCGCCGUGCAGUGUAGAUGUUGGUUGCCCGCAGCCGCUGCGGGCUUUGUUACAUGUUGGAGAAUUCAUUAAUGUGAUAUUACAACAAAAAGGGGAGUGUCACCAUUUGCGUAAGCCGCCAACAGAUGGCGCCACCGGGUACUUAUGAUUUUAAAGCAGUUCGCUGCGAUUUCUAGCCACUGGAGUGGAUUAACGGGUUAGAAACAUUUUAAAAUUAGAUGGUGCCACCUGUUGGCGGCUUAGAACACUAAGGGACGCACGCAAAUGGUGAUUUGAGCCAUCCAGAGAGUUUGGUGCUUUGGUUUUUAGCUUCUUCUGGAUUGAAAUUCGCAUCCACAUAUCCGAUCACUUUUGUGACACUCUGUUAUGUUGCUACUGUGGAACAAAUUUUAUUGAAUUAAAACUUUCUGUGCGACUCCGUGAAAGGAUGUUCGCCCGGACGACACAUUCCGAUGUUAAGAAAAGAAAAUUAGGUAAGUACUGUAUGUUGUGCCAUCAAUGCUCAUUUUGGACGUUGGGAUUCAACUCUACUCUAGUCUUUUGUUAAUCUGAAAUACGUGAGCAAUGAUAACAUUGAGCUAGGGUGUAUUCUUUUAGUUUAAUACAUUUUACUCUCUUGGUUUGUGCAUUUCUUGUUAAAAAAUUAAUGGUUGGCAGCAUUCCAAGCGGUGAAAGUUUUGAAAGCAUGCUUCAAAAGACUUUUAUUUUAAUAAACCCAAAGAAUUCGACCCCUCAGACGUAUUUUCGUGUUUUCACCCCCCAAAAAGAGCACACUCUACUUCCAUUACGGCCUCUCUAAGGAGGGCCACAUUGACAAUAUGAAAGCGAACGAACAAUAAGAGCGAAAUCCAUCAAAUUUUGUGACUAAUUUUUUUAUUUCUCACUGUUGAUGUGUAUAACCGGAAGUAUAAUUAGCAUCUCGGAUGAUUAACCUCUGUGUAAGUGUAUAAACAAGCGCAAAUAAACUGAUCAUGUACCUAUUAAA